GGGGCUUUAGGCUCCCGCCGGAUCGGGGACCGUCGUCUACGAGGGGGCCGGCGGGCAAAGCCGACGAGUGCCGCCGCUCCCUCUGUCAGGAAAGGGGCUUCAGCCAGGCCUGAGCUCGAAGUUUGCUUCUGACUUCUUCACCAAUGUCUUUCGGGUUCCUUUUUAACAGGAGCAAAGCGACAGCUUUGGGGAAUUCAGCUUGACAAGUAACACUUGUGGACGACCUUUGAGUCCUUUGUCUGACUGUACGUCAAGAUGGCAGAGCACAAGCAGAAUUCAAAGGCAGUGGAAGAGGAGGAGGUGGAGGAACAUGAUAAAGAGAUGACAGACUUGAACACAAUCUGCUCUGAAAGCAGUUUUGAGACUGAAAACCUAGAGGUGCUUGGGAGUGGUGGAUGUCUGACCCCAGAGGGUGAAAGCAGCAGGCUCCUCCCGUCUGAAGAAAGUUCAGUGGAACCGGAUGGCUCCCAUACUGUGACCUGCACACUCACAGUCUCACUAGCUGUCCCUGCCCUGCCUACAGGACAAAAUCGGGAGAAAUCCAAUCCCCCUGGUACGCAAGGAAAGAGAAUUCAAGUUGAAGAAUUGGGAUCUAUUCCAAGAAUGCGACGUUGCUAUCACAUUGAGUACUUCCUUCUACCAGAUGACCUCGUACCUAGAAAACUGGAUUUGGUGUUGUUUGGAGUCGUUGCAAAACUAUUUACAGAAUCCAGUUCUGAGGCUAUUACACCAUGGUUUGAAAAUGACAAGAUGUGGAUAUCAUGGAACCAUAGUGUUGUUGUCGAUGUCACUAAUGAAUAUGUAAUAAAACUAAGAGAUCAUAAAAUAAUUUUAAAAAUCUGGGAUACCAAGGACAAAGUUUCCUCAAAAGUGGGGCGUGGUAAACCAAAACCUACUUCUUCACUAGAAGGAGACACAGAGGAUGUUGGUGGGGUAAAACACACAGUACUAUUGCAAAGAAAAUUCUUUGAAGAGAGUCAGCCAGCACCCAGCCGUACAAGAAUCAAAGCAGUGAAGAAGCCCAAGGCACAGGAGAAGUCUUCAGCCCUUCCUGCUGAAGCAGAAGAGACCGAUCUGAAUGAACUAGCAACAUCUAAUUCUGGUUUGACACAUCCAUCAAGGAGAGAUGACUUAAGUACAGUGAGAAAUGUGAAAUUUGCAAAAAGCAGUUUUCUGGAUAAGGCCCAACAUCUGAAGCAGAAAGCAGUUGCUGUUUCUCCAGUUAGUUCAACUUCAAAAGAAACUGAGAAAGCAAAUAAUGUGAGAAUUCUGACAUACAGAGCAGACAAAACAGGCACCACAAGUGGUAGAAGAGGUUCUGGUCCUAAAAGAAAUAGUGAUGCUGCUGUGGCAAAGAGCUAUGGCAUGGCUUCACUGCAGCUGGAUGUCAUGCCUCUCCUCUCAGGAGAAAAAUCAGUGAUCAGUCGUCUGGCAGAAAACAAUCCUAAAGUUUUAGAUGCGUAUGUGACUUUCACUGUGGAAACACCUCUUCUGUCUGAAAGACAAAAACAUGAAUUGAAUCCACUGAUUAUAAAGAUUAAUUCAGCUACCUGCCUCCCAAACACACCUGUGCCAAUAGAAAUGCUGCAGAGACUGUGUGUUCCCACCUACUGCAAAUACAAAUUUCAUAACUUUCCACCUCAUCGAACUCAUGGACAAGUCCAUGGAACUCAUGUCUACUUUAAGGAUGUUAAUGUACUUCUAACAGGGACAAUGAAACCUGGGGAAUUACAGAGUUACCUUAGAGGUCCACCUUUGGAGAUUGAGGUUCAUGACCGGGACAGAAACAUGGAAAACACCACAGAAAAGCCCUGUUUGUUUGGGGAAGAUGAAGCAGAUGAAAAAGUGGGUAAGGUGAGCUUCCUCGCUUGCAAAUCCACAAUCUAUAAUUCUGCUACAAGGAACAAAGUGUGGCAUCCUCAUGGGGUAGCUAAAGUCAGUCUAACUGAUUUAUUGGUGGGUAGAAAGUACUUGACUAUCAGUGCUCCCAUUCAUAGCUGCUCAGCUCCAAAUACAGCUGCUUUCAGUGAGGAGGAUAAAAAAAAGGAGAUGACAAAAUCAGUGAGUAGUUCUUCCCUGCUACCUAUGGGACAUUACCUAGAAUCAGACUCGCUUUUGAAAGUAAGAGUGGAAAUAGCUGUGCCAUUGGGAAUGCAUGCAGAAACUGCUGAUGCUCAAGUCACAAAUUGCCCAUAUGGUUAUAUAAUCUACAUUUUUGACUACAAUAAUUCAUCUUUAUUACAUGAUUUGGUGGAAGAGAUUACAGAAAUCAAUGCUAAAGCCCUCCAGCUGGACUGCUAUCCUGUGCACUUAGUCGGAAUGGCUCUUGCUGCAUUAAAACUGAAAACCACGCUUAGGAAAGUUUCUGAGUUGGAUGUUGUUACUGGUUUUCACUUACUGGACGGAGCAACUCAUCUCUUUGUCUUGGAGGGAUUAAAAGACAAAGCAAUCAAGAGACUAUGGGAUAGACACUUUGAAAGGACUUACAGACAUGAAGAUGGACAACUGGAAAUACUGUAUAACUCACAACUGUCUUUUCAUCAACGCCUGUAUACAGACCUGGAAGCUAUCUUUUAUAAUUUCCGCCUCUGUCAGCCCCUCUGCACUAUAACAAAACAAUCUCUGCUUUAUGUCAGAGGUGUGGUUCCUUGGGCGUGUUUCCAAGCCUUGUCCAGGCUCAGUUCCCUCUGUCACAGUAAGAGGCUGAGGGAUGUAAUUCAUGGGGAUCUGCUGCCCUCAGCAGAAAUGAUCACAGUCUUGAGUCACGAGUAUGGAGUUCCCUUAGCUGAUGAGGAUCUCUUCACUCAGAACCCUCCUUUCCUCUCAUUUUCCUCUGAUGAUUAUACAGUACCAGGAAAAGUUAGCAGAGUGAAACAGGCAGCAUGUUCUUCAUUAGAUAACUAUAAGGAAGUGCAUGUGCAGCGGAAGAAAGAAAUAGCAGACAAAAUGUCUUUUGAGAGAAACCAUACUAAGGCUAACGUUGGUGCUGUGUGUCAACUCAAAGGAAAGAUGAAAGAGCCAAAGUUUGAAACUUUCAGGAUUUCUCCUGCUGAUGGCAAAUCUGUCUUUAACUACAGCUCUCAGAGCCUGAAUUCUGCAGAACUUGCAAAGCAACAUCUUCGCCAGGAAAUGGCAAAGGACCCAAAGAACAGAUUCACUUAUUGUCAUGAGCAUCUGUCAGCCACAUUUGACCCAGUGGAUGUGGCUGCUGCCUGUAAGGAGUUCUUUGCAAAAUCCAAGAGUAUGUGGCUGUCACCAGAUGGAUUUGUAUUUCCUGGAUUUAAGAGCAGCCUUGAAAGCAACCGGCACCCUCAGAUGCCUGAUGAGGCACGUCUGGAGGAGUUAAGUGAGAAAUGGCAGGAGAAUGUUCUGCAUGCUAACACGGAGCCAGUGCUGUCACGAGAGAGAUGGAGCUGGGACAAACGGCACAUUGAUUUUGAUCUUUACAAGAAACCACCUGAGCUCUUCACGACACCAGCCCCACAGACUGUCUGUUGUCAGCCUUGUGAAGAUGCUACUCAGAUUCUGCAGACCAGGUUUGAUGAUGCCAAGCUGAAAGCUCACUGCUCCACAGCAGCUGGGUUACCCACGGGUGGGCCAAGCGCCAGGUUUCGGCUACAGAAGCUGCAGGGUCUGCUGAAGGAUGAACAUCGGAAAUUCCCACUCAGGAAGGCAGGACCAGUUUUAAAGGCAAAGGGUAACUUUAGGUACUGACCCGGGCACCUACCUCUGUGCAGCAACAGCUGCUCUGCACUUUGUGGCAGGCAGAUAACCUGUGACACACUUUAUCACAAUACAUUUGGAAGUAAAAGUAUUUGUUAAAAUUGUUGUUGCUAGCACCAGUUGACUCAGUCUUACAAAGCUCUUAGAAAAAUGUAUCAGCCUGGCCACAAAAUUGUUGGUGUUUUUUGUUGUUUUUUUUUUUUUUGUUUUUUUUUUUUAAAUUCUCUGCUUUGAUGCUCAGAGAAAAUGGAGGAAGGGGGAGAAUUUCUGUUCAGCUAACUUGCCUGUCAGUGUGCAGUGGGUGAGAAAAGAAGAACAAUUUCUGGCCAGCUGGCUUAGCAGCUCUGAAAGAAAUUGUAAAGUCCCCUAAUGAAAUGGAGGGGUCGGGGCAGUUCUAUAGCCGAGAUGCCAAAUGUCUCACCAUGUGUUCUCUCGAUUACCAUAGUGCUGUAUAGACUUCCUGAGUGUUGCACUUCUGCAGAAAAAUCCCCCCCCCAGACACCCCAGUUAGCAAGACUAAAGGAUUUGUGCUCAUUAAUAUGAAAAGCUGUGUGGGUGGUCUGCACCUAACUGUUCUUUUGUUGGUUGAAUCCUUGUCAGCGAUUGCACUGCGGUGACUGACCCAAACCCUGGGCCUGCUUUUAAAGCUGAUUUUGAUCAAAGGCACCGAAGCUUGCUGUUGGCUACAGAUGCUCCAGAAAAACAAACACAGGACCUGUGAGAACGCUGGUAGCAAAAGCGGAGUUAAACCUUCAAGGCCAACUCACUGCCACCCAUCCCCUCUUUUUUAUUUUUAUUUUUUUUUUCUUAAUAUUCUGAGUGCCAGUCCUUGUCUUGAAUAGACACUCAGCAGCAAGCCACCUGCCUGCCUCAGUUUAGUGUCAGGCUUUGAGUUGCGUGUUGCUUUGUGCUCUCUGGGCUUGGCCUUUUGUUUUGAUUUGGCUGUUCAAACUAUGAAACUUGUCCAUCUUGGGCUCUUUGCCUGGUUCCUAUAAUGCCAGUACACAGCCCUUUUUGUUAGGCUGCAUAUAAAUACUCUUAUUAGUUUAUGAGGUAACAUACAUCUUGCACUUCAUAACAUUCUAAUUACAGUGGUCACACUCGACUCUGUCACCCCAAGUCUCUUCAACACAUUUUUCAAGCCUUCCAACUAUAGCCCAUGGGAAGUCAUUUCUGUUUUGCCUCACAAAACUGGCUACUCUUUUGCAAAGACAACCCUUUACAAAGGAAGUGUUACGUGCAUUAACUUCCAGGGGUCUGCAUUGGAAGUAAGAUUUAAAAAAAAAAAAAACACAACAAAACAAAAUAAACCUCCCCUCAAAAGUGCUGUAUUUUUAGUUCUUGCUUUUAAUAAUUUCCAAACUAGCCUCUUUUUCCAGUGUGUUGUUUUUCCUCUUGACAGAAAAACAAAGAAAACGUCCUUGCUGGAUGAUGUGCCUUUUUUAAACACGAUGGGUAUAUUAAAGCUAAACAUGCAGAGUCCCUUUACAUCACCACAUCAUUUACUUUCUGCUUAUUUUUAUGUAAGAUACUGUUUUCAGAAGGGUGAACACAGUAUCUCGGCUCCACAAGCGUGUUCAGUGCCAUUGCCUUCUAUUACCUGGGCACUCUUAUGCUACUGUGGUCUCUACCACAGCCUCCUGAUAGAUUUUUUUAAAAUCUUCUUUGCUGUGGCAGCCUAGAGCCUAGAUUUUUCUUCCACACCCUACAAGCAGCAUAAUUCCCCUCCCUGCCUUCCUGACCAGGGUUCCUGGCUCUCUGGUGACAGGUCACGUUGCCUGGUGCAGCUAUUUGAUUACUAAGACAAUUUCUGCUAAUGUUUCUACUCCCUUGUUAGGCAAGCAAACCACCCAAGGGCUGCGUGACCUCUCUGUGGAUACUUCCAAGCUAGAGCUUCAGCUUCACUGACUAAUCUGGCUGUUGUGGGGUUUGGGAUAUUUUUAUUUUUGGUUGUUGCUUGCUUUUGGGUUUAUUUCUUGUUGGUUUUUUUUUUUUUUUUUUCCCACACUAAGGAAAGGAAUCAGCUUGUAAUUUGUAUCUUUAAAGGUUUUGAAGCACAAAGCUGGCACAUAAUGCCUUUAUUUUUUUUUUUUUUUUUUAAAGUGAUCUUGAAUACAGGCUUGUAAGACCAUGAGUGCGAGCAACACAUGCUUUAGCUGUGUACAGUGACAACCUUGUAGUUUGCCUGUAAGGUAAAUGCUCGGGGUCUCAUUUAUGUAAUAUAUUAUGCAAUGUUGUACAGGAGGUACAACAGCUUCCAUUUUUCUUGUCCAUGGUUUGGAGAGUCUGUGCACUUAAAAAUGGACUCACCUUGGAGCUCAGAGGCACCCAGAACUUCCCGUGUAGGCAGACGUUUCCUCACCUCUCCUUCUGUUACAGCCGAGCCGGCAGAGCGCGGGGCCACGGGCUGUUUUCCUGUCCCAGCCCUGGCAGUGUCGGACGAGCGCCGUGGGGGUUCGGUGCCCUCCUGG